AUGCCUCCGAGGAAGAGAAAAGUUUCCGAGUCAGCGGACACUGCUGUGGAGCAAGUUCCAAUUCAAAGAAGAUAUGUGUCAGGGAAACAGCCGAGAGCACAGGAACCACUUCCAACCGUUGAUAAUAGGAAUCCGUUAAAUCCGGAGGAGGAGUUGUUUAAGGAUGAGGACUGGUCUAUUCCGAAGUUGAAUUUGUAUAUUACGUAUACUUUGGACGAUUUGGUGGAGGCUUAUAAGCCAAUAUUCAAAGAUUUUAUCAAGUUACCGAGCCGGAAGUUUCACCCUGGAUAUUUUUAUAAAAUCGAGCAGCCGAUUUCUAUCAAUGAGAUUAAGAAUCGUGACUAUGAGUAUAAGGAUGGUGAGAAGCAAUUUUUGUUGGAUGUGGAGUUGAUCAGGAAGAAUUGUUAUGCGUAUAACGAUACUGAUUCGCUUAUUGUAAAAAAUUCUAUGCAAGCAGUUAAUUAUGUGAAAAGUGAGGUUUUAAAGGCCAAAAAUAUUACAAGGAAUUACUUGAUCAAUGAUCAAAUCAAGGAACGCUUGUUGAGGUUACUAGAACAGGUGUUGGAGGCGACUGAGAAGUCGGUCGCUCAGGUGAUGGGAUAUCCUACGGAGAACACGGAUCACAAGAUAAAGUUAUGCCAUCCAUUUAUGGAAUUGGUGAAUCAGGAUGAGUUUCCGGAUUAUUAUGAAGUUAUACACAAACCGAUAUCUUUAACUAUGAUAAAGAACAACUUGCAGAUGAGUUACUAUUCCAAGAUAUAUGAUUUUUAUGCGGAUAUUGAUUUGCUUUUCCAGAAUGCGCAAGUUUUCAAUGAACCUGAUACCCUUAUAUAUCAGGAUGCUGAAAAAUUGCUAAAUAUAUUUCACAAAUUGAUGUCUGAAAGUUUCUUCCCUGAAUUAAAGGACAGCAGUGAACGUGGGGAAAUCCAAUUGGACUAUGAUAAGGUGGAAUAUGAACAAUAUUUGGCUAAUACAGAGCAUGAAGAUGAAAAUGGCAGUGAUGACGACAACAAUGAUGAUUAUGAUUUUAAUCACUAUGAAGGGUUGGGAAAUGGCUAUAAUCGGAGUCUCCUACCCAGCGACUAUUUGCUGGGUCCUAGUAAGUCAGAAGAUAAGGGGAAGAGCUUCAAAUCAGAGGAGUCAGAACAGCCAGAUAUAGUAAAAUUUAAUAUAUUAAAAUCGCUUGCUAGUGCUGCUAGUGCUCCUACUACAACCACCGCCACGGCCAUCACCGCCACCAAUGAAAGUGCACCUGUCACACAACAAAGCUCCGAGUCAUACAUAUUGAUUGACAGUAUCGAACUUUCCUCGUCUAAUGCUAUAUAUGAACAAGCAACUCGUCCAUUGCAAGGAACGCUACCAUCGCUAAACCAAAACUGGGUUGAAUUUUAUUUCGAUGGCAAGACUUUAAACGAUGCUAAUAAUAAAUUUGUUUUAACCCUCCCACCUAUUCAAACAGCUAUCACGUUCAAAGUACGCCUAUGCUCAAAGAUCUCUGAAACUUCCCCAGCUGUAUUCUUUGUUAACAAGGAGAAAGUUAGUGCAACCCCCACAAUGAAUAUAGAGGAUAAUGAACUGCGGCCAAGGUAUGAUGUUAGAUUAUCUGAGGGUGUGAAUUGUCUAGAUUUCUCCAUGCAGGAUUCCAAGCAGAAUAAGACAGAAAGUGUUAAAUUGUGGAUAAAUGUUCUACCUUGA